AUGUCGUCUGCCCGCAAUGCCCACUACCUCGCUACCUCGGCACACCCACCAAGCCAAGAACUUCAUUCUUCUCGUGUCCUGAAUCUCUCUUUGGCAGACCCGGCGUCUCGCACGGAGCGAAUAUCUACUACCCUCUCUCUUCCUAUUCGCGACAUUUCUAUCGGUAUCCCUGACGCUGCCGCUGUCCCUCUGGCCGACAAAAACGUGCCGCCUACGCUCACCGAUGUGCUUAGUCUCAAAUCGAAGAUGUCCAAGACGCAGAAAGGUUUAGACAAAUACGAUAAAUACGCCCGCAAAUCGCUCAGCUACAUUGCUAAGGCGAGAAACGUCUACGACCGAGAGAAGAGUCUUCGUGAUGCUGCCAACGCGAGAAGAGUUCAUACAGCGAAGUUGUUGAGGGAGGAGCGGGAAGCUCUCGCAGCCAAGAAGAAGAGCCUGAGGAAUGCACACCACGAUCUCCGUCAAGUCAUAUCUCGCAAGCAAUACGACGAUUACGUGGCGAAUUUCGCAUAUUCGACCGACAAACAGAAGCCCGCCCUUAGCUCAAACCUAGUUCCAUUCACCGGAAGCUCGCUCCUCAAUUUAGUGUCCCAUCCUGAGCGCGAUGCAAGACGCUACCAUGAAAAACGCAACAUAUAUGGUGGCUCUGGCUACGACGACAUUGUCCCGAAUGCAGCGGUUAUUGGAUCGGGGAUGCUCUAG